AUGGUGCGCAUUUCACCGCCAUCAAAAAGUCGCGGGUCGACCCGGGACGUGCUGAUGCUUUUGCUAGGCGCUGGUAUCGCUUUGGGCUUGGGAGUAGUCUUUUCCGUGGAUUCUGUCGGGACCGUUGCAUUGUCAGCAAGUCUACAGCAACAGCUCGGUAGUAGCACAGCAUCCAACAGCGAUACUCCUGGAUGGAAUCCGAUUCAUGUCUUUUACGGAAAGAUGAAUCAUAUUUUAGAUCCUAUACCGGCCGAUGAAUACUGGGCAGACGACGGACCGUACAACGAACGCAAAUGGUUCAGUCAGCACGGGCAGGAUGUGGCGGUGAUGAAAAUUUUGAACUUCCAGAAGGAUGGAUUUUUUGUCGACUUGGCGUCAAACGAUGCCGUCUGGGCCAGCAACACCUUUGUCAUGGAACAAAAGUUUGGUUGGAAGGGUAUUUGCAUCGAGCCCAAUCCAAUGUACUGGUAUCGCCUCUCUUUUCGCAAGUGUCACGCGGUGGCAUCCUUUGUUGGUGCGAAAGAUUUCGACGAGGUACAGGUGGCCAUGAGCGACCGAAAAGAGAUAGGACCGUUUGGGGGCAUUGUUGGUGCGGAUUUCGACAAUAAGAAAAACAGCAAGACCGAGCCGAGAUACACAGCAAGCCUCCAGGGAAUUUUGGAGCGCUUCAAUGCACCCUCAAUGAUUGAUUUCUUAUCUUUGGACGUGGAAGGCGCGGAACUUUUUAUCAUGAAGAGCUUUCCCUUUCACAAGUAUUCCUUUAAGUGCUUGACAGUAGAGCGUCCGUCGGAAGAGCUCCAGAUGCUACUGACAAAGAACGGCUACAAGUUUGUGUACCAAAUUCAUAAAAAAGCUGACUCUCUAUGGGUGCACAAUUCUAUUUUCGAUCAGGCCAAGACUAACUUGGCCGUUCGGCCAGAGGAAAUUGGGGAGCGGAAUCCAAAAAUUACUAAUGCUGUGGGUUCAUAG